GUGGUUUAUACAAGGAUGAGACACAAGCGAGGACAUUUCCGGAUUAUUAGAAAAAUUGCUAAACACCACAUUUUCUCCGUCAUUUGUUUCUUACACGAUUCUCUGUUGUUGUACAAACUACUCCGCUCAGUUUAUUGUGUAUUUUCUAUUGUAAUUGUCGUUGUUUUUGUGGCUGUUAGCUUGUUGUCAGCUAGCUUGUUGUUAGCCAGCUCGUUGUCAAGCUAGCUUGUUGUUAUCCUACGUCACCGUCUCAUCCUGCUCGCGAGGACUCAGCUCUAAAAACCCGGAUGUGGCCGAAGAUGAAACUUGAUGAAAACUCAGGUUUUGUAAACUUCACAGAAUCUUCUUCAUUCUGAAAAACCAGAGAAACAAACCGAGGAGGAAACUCAUCGUUCAUUCAGAGAUGUUUCUGUUCCUGUCCGUGCUGAUCUUCUUCGGGCCAGUAGAGGGUGGCAGCUCACCAAUCACCUGCUACAAUGACAAUGGAGAAGCUGUGGACUGGUUCUAUCUGUACAAGCUGCCGAAACAACACAGGGAAAAAUCCCCCACAAGGGGUGAACUGUAUUUACUGUUGGACAAAGGGAGUGAAGGGUGGACCGACGGGAAGGUGACCGUGAACGACACGACGGGAGCCUUGGGCAGGACGGUCGGACAACUCUACUCACAAGGAAAGAACACAGAGGUAGCGUAUGUCCUUUACAACGACCAGAUGCCGACUAAGAACCUUGGUGGCAGAUGGGAAGACAACAGCGGGAACGAAGGGGGGCACACGAAAGGUGUUGUCCUGCUUGAUAAAAAUCAGGGCUUCUGGUUGGUCCACAGUACCCCUCGCUUCCCCCCUGUACGACACGCGGGAGAGUUCUCCUACCCCGACAGCGGUGUGAACAACGGACAAAACUUCAUCUGCGUGACCUACCCACUCGAACGCUUCCAGACCAUCGGCGAGCAGCUGCAGAUCAAUCAGCCUCACGUGUACGACUGCGAUGUCCCAGAGUCCCUGGCGUCACUGGUGCCUUCGCUGGCUGCCCUCUGUGGGAAGAAGCAUCUGUCCGGUCACAUCUUCCCACACGUCAAACCUGUGUCCAACCGCAGCGUGGCUUUGACCUCGAAGGGUGGAGCAAACUUCAUCAGCUUUGCCAAAGGAGCCUCUUUUAACAAUGACCUGUACCACUCCUGGGUGGCCCCGAGCCUCCAGUCAAACCUCCUGGUCCAGUUCUGGAUUCGCUCCAGGGGCAUCCUCCCCUCCGACUGCUCGCUGGGCUGGAAGGUCCUGGACAUCCAGCUCCUCAGCCCGGGGCAGAGGUUCACGUUCAAGGCCAGCCAGGACCACUCCAAGUGGGCCGUCAGUACCCAGGCGGCCGGGGAGGGUGUCGGAGGAGGCUGGGUGUGCGUUGGAGACAUCAACCGGAACGAGGCGGAGGAGAAGCGGGGGGGAGGCACAGUGUGUCUGCAGAACCCUGUGGUGUGGAAGGCUUACCGGACAGCAGCUUUACAGUGUGAGGAUUGUGGAGGAGCAAGCAUCCCGUGCCCUGCUGGAGACGUGGUGGCUCAACUGGGCGUGAGGAAACGCCCACUAUGAUGCAUCUCAUGUGGGUUUGUAAGAGAAAAAGCCCCAAACAAGUUGUAGUUCUCAUUCAACAUUUCUUUCAUCAGUCUUUGUGAAAAAUGAAGCGUGCUCAUGAUAUUUACUUUUCAUAUUCGAAGACAAAUCAGUUACAAUAAGAAAACUAAAAACUUUGAUAUUCUAACAGUUAAAAGACGAGCACUACAGAACCAGUACUUGUGUCGACAUGGUCAUCGAUUGGUUCCGUCCACAUCCCCUCUUCUAAAGUCAUUUUUAAACUUAUUGUUGCUGCUGUUUCAAACGUUCCACAGCGUUCAGUUGUCUCUCUCUUAUUACAGACGUGUCUGAACUUACCACAGUCCCGCAAAUACGUUUAUCCCACGAUUAUGUGGGCUUAAGGAAAGUGCUGUUUUGUUAAAGGCAACUAAAAACAAAUAUUGAAUGUUUAACGAUAAAGAUGAAAACUACUGUUAUUAUCUUAACACACCUGAAUCAAGCCACACACAACACUGAUGAGAAAUUUUCUAGUCUAAGGCUGGAUUUCUAGUUAUUGGUGUAGUCACACAUGUCGAUGGGAUUAUGAAUGAGGUUUUCUUAGUUCUGAAGCAGAAACUGGAAUUUACGUCUCUAUAACAUUAAAUAUUCAUGACUACAAGCAAAAUUUAAAAACAUUUAGGUAAUUUAUAAAGAGCCAAUCAUGCCAAAACAUCUUAGUAUGGACUGCAGGGUUUUCGUUUGGUAAAAAAUACAAGUGUGUGUCGAGUGUGUGAGAUCCCAUGACUCAUAAUAAGAAGCUGAUUGAGAAAAACAAAAAACCUUUAACUUGUUCAGAAUGAUUUUAAUCUGUUGUCCCCCGGAGGAGGACAAGGAACCAAUCAGAUGGGUUCUCUGGAAACUACGAGGUUCAUUUUGAAAAACACAAAACCCUCAAAGUGCGUCACAUUUAGCAAUAACUAAUAAAGAUCCAGCCUUGACUCAGAGAUUUUUUUUUCUUUCAUGAAAUGAAAGCAUCACUUCGAGUGUCUUUUCAGCCGCCGGCUCGUUUUAACUGAAACUGAAGAGAGAAUUUGCAAAGUGAACGAGUGCUGCUUCAUAAACUGUUAUAAUCUACAUGAGCUGCUUGGUGGGUGUGUUCUCAGGGAAGCUUUGCUUGUUGAAACUAGGAAAAUGGGAUUGGAACUAACAACGUGGGAUAAAUUGCACUGCGAUGAUGUGUGGGGGGAUGGUUUAAUACUUUGUGUUUAAUGAAUGUUUGUCUUAUUAACUGAGUGCUUUCCUGAUAUAACCAGAAAUAUUUUGGUUUUGUUUCGAGUUCUCAUUCACUCGUUGUGAUCUUGAAAUUUGCUUGAAGAUAAAGACGCUGGCUGUCUUGAAUCUAAAUAAAAAAACAAAAGACUCAAA